AUGGCUACUGCUACCGCGCUCCCGUCAGUGCAGACGUUCGGCCGCAAGAAGACGGCUACGGCUGUUGCCCAUUGCAAAAAAGGCCGUGGCUUGAUCAAGGUCAACGGAAGACCUUUGGAGUUCCUGGAACCCCAGAUUCUUCGAAUCAAGCUUCAGGUUUUCGAAUUAUUCAUUUUUUUAUAUAGUGGGAAAUUUACAGGAGCCUGUUCUGUUGGUCGGAAAGGAACGUUUCCAGGACGUCGACAUCAGAAUCCGUGUUUCUGGUGGAGGACAUGUCGCCCAAAUCUACGCUAUCCGUCAGGCUCUUGCUAAGGCUCUCGUUAGUGAUUCGUUGGUCUCUUUCAAAAAAAUUUAACUUUGAAGGUUGCCUACUACCAUAAGUUUGUCGAUGAGCAAAGCAAGCGCGAGCUGAAGGAGAUUUUCGCUGCUUACGACAAGUCCCUUUUGGUUGCUGACCCCAGGCGCCGGGAGAGCAAGAAGUUCGGAGGACCCGGUGCUCGCGCUCGUUACCAGAAAUCGUACCGUUAA